AUGGCAACGUUUACGCCGUAUACUCUGUCAACAGGAUGGUACUUCAAAGACAGCGAAGACAGGUGUCCAGACGCAUGGAUGCCUGUCCCUGUAGUACCGUCUGUCGUCCAUCAGGACUUACAGGCGAAUAAUAGGCUUGAUAAUCCAUACGUGGGGUUCAAGGAACUAGAUGCCAGAUGGGUCAACGAGAAGUCAUGGGCGUACCGAAAGAUCUUGCAAAAGCCAGCCAUACCCGCAGGCUCGGUUGUUGUUCUGGCAUUCGAUGGGCUGGACACAUUUGCCAAGGUUAAGCUUGACAAAACUAUCAUCCUGGAGAGCAAUAACAUGUUCCAAGCACAUCGAGUUGAUGUCACCAAGGCUCUGGAAACCGAGGGUGAGCACGCUCUGGAGAUUGAAUUCGAUUGUGCGUUGCGGCGCGCCCAGGAGCUUCGGAAGCAAGAUCCCAAUCACAAAUGGGCGUCUUUCAACGGAGAUCCUGCCCGGUUGACCGUUCGCAAAGCGCAGUAUCAUUGGGGCUGGGAUUGGGGGCCAGUCCUGAUGACGGCGGGUAUCUGGCGGGAAGUGCGGCUGGAGGUUUACUCUGCAAGACUAGCAGAUCUCUGGACGGACAUAAACCUAGAUCCCAGUCAUGACUCAGCUCAUCUAUCUGCAUAUGCGGAGCUGGAUGCUGUAGGCUUUGAUUCAUCGUACAAGGUCAAAUUCACACUCAGUCUUGAAGGUAAGGAAAUUGCUCGAGAAACAGUCACGACAGAAAACAGAAUCGCAAACGUGGAGUUUGAUAUCCAUCAACCUCGCCUCUGGUGGCCUCAUGGGUAUGGUGAUCCGAGUCUCUACGAGAUUUCAGCAUCGUUGGAGAAAGAUCAAGAUGAACUUCACAAUAUUACCAAGAUGGUUGGUAUAAGAACUGCGGAGGUCAUCCAAAAACCUGACAAACAUGGGAAAUCGUUCUUCUUCCGGAUUAACGGCGUGGAUAUUUUCUGCGGUGGCUCCUGCUGGAUUCCUGCGGAUAAUCUUCUCCCCAGCAUUAAUGCGGACCGGUAUCGGAAAUGGAUUGAACUGAUGGUCGCUGGUCGCCAGGUUAUGGUCCGAGUCUGGGGCGGCGGCUGCUACGAAGAUGACAGCUUUUACCAAGCUUGCGAUGACUUGGGUGUUCUGGUGUGGCAGGACUUCAUGUUUGGCUGCGGAAACUACCCAGCCUGGCCCGAGUUAUUGGAAUCGAUCGAAAAGGAAGCGAUCUAUAAUGUACGGCGCUUGCGUCACCAUCCCUCAAUCGUGCUCUACGCUGGAAACAACGAAGACUACCAGGUGCAGGAACAAGCAGGGCUUGAAUAUGACUUUGAAGACAAAAACCCGGAAAAUUGGUUGAAGACCGACUUCCCAGCCCGGUAUAUCUACGAAAAGCUAUUGCCAUCCGUGAUACAGGACCUGUCCCCAAGGACCUUCUAUCAUCCAGGCAGUCCUUGGGGAGAUGGUAAGAUAACGUCUGAUCCGACAGUCGGUGAUCUUCACCAGUGGAAUGUUUGGCAUGGAACACAGGAAAAAUAUCAGAUUUUCGAUACACUAGGCGGUCGAUUCAACAGUGAAUUCGGGAUGGAAGCAUUUCCACAUCUGUCAACUAUUGAUUAUUUCGUCGAAAACGAGAAAGACAAAUACCCGCAGUCGCAUGUCCUUGAUUUCCACAAUAAGGCUGAUGGGCACGAACGUCGCAUCGCUACGUAUCUGGUGGAAAAUCUGAGAACGGCAACUGACUUGGAGACCUACGUCUACCUCACCCAAGUUGUCCAGGCCGAAACAAUGAUGUUUGGGUACCGUGGGUGGCGUCGUCAGUGGGGCGAUGAAAGACACUGCGGAGGUGCACUACUCUGGCAGCUAAAUGACUGUUGGCCGACGAUCUCGUGGGCCAUUGUGGACUACUUUCUGCGGCCUAAGCCUGCCUUCUACGUUGUAGCCCGUGUGUUGAAUCCAGUUGCCGUGGGCGUGCGACGGGAACACCACGACUGGAGCAUAACGCAUGCACAACCUCCCAAGACAAGCAAGUUUGAGCUCUGGAUUGCUAGUUCACUACAGGAGGAGCUUUCUGGAAAGGUGGAGCUUAGAUUCCUUUCUGUGGACACUGGGCAUGAGAUACGGGAGCGCAUUGUGCGUGAGGGUGUCAAGAUAGUGCCCAAUGGCACUACAAACAUCAUCACAGAUGGUGUCAUUGACCACACAAUUGAUUCCGAGCCACAUGUCCUCGCCGCUCGGCUCUGGGUGAACGGUGACAUUGCCGCGCGGGACGUGGACUGGCCACAGCCUUUCAAGUAUCUUGAUUUUUCGGAUCGUGGACUCGAGGUGGUGAGGGUAUCCCAAACAGCUGAUCAACAGACAUUCCAAAUCAGCACACAGAAGCCAAUCAAGUGCUUGGUAUUUGAGGAGCGAGAUGGCAUCCGGCCUAGCGAUAGCGCGAUGGACAUUGUGCCUGGUGAUGACCAGACGGUCACGGUUACGGGACUGCGACCGGAUGAGAUCCUGAAGUACAAAUUUCUUGGUCAAUGA